AUGCAAAGUAUGAAUAAUCAUCAAUUUACAGCAUUUUCUCCUACUGCAGUCCAUCAAUAUCGACGAAGAUCAGUUCCUACAAUCAUUACUGAUGAUCAUAUAAGUGGUAUAUUAAAGAAGCUUGGUUCAUCAAAAGAAGUCCUGACAACAGAACAAUCUUCUACAAUUACCUUUCCAACAGAAACAUCAUCUACAGUUGCCUCGGCAACAGAACAAUCAUCUACAGUUGCCUCGGCAACAGAACAAUCAUCUACAGUUACCUCUACAACAGAAUUUUCUACAUCAACAAAUCAAACAUCUUCUGUUCCUCUAUUUCAAACGAAACGUUUACCUAUUGAUCCUGAUGUUGUUGCACCUGAUGGUUCACUCGUUCGUAAUUUAUUAACAACUAUUGGCGGUAGUAUGGCACAAUUUGAUCUUCCACCUGGUAUGACAUCGAAUGCUGUUGAACAUCGAACUGUUUACGAAAUAUGGUAUUUUCUAUCUGGUCAAGGUGAAUUUUGGCGAAAACAGAAAGACAGAGAAGAAAUUGUAACAGUGGACACUAACAUAUGUAUAACCAUCCCAGUUGGUACUCAAUUUCAAUUUCGUACAAUUGGACGAAAACCUCUCGUAGCAGUGGCAAUCACAAUGCCACCAUGGCCAGGAGAAAAUGAAGCUAUGCCGAGAAAAGCGAAUGUCGAUUCGACUGAAGUGACAAAUUCAUAUUUGUAA